AUGGCUGCUAAAUACGACGUAACAACACUCGAUCGUUAUUUGGACGAAGAUUUAACGUUAAUAAACAAUAAGAAUGUGUGGAAAGACUAUAAACGUGGCGCACAAUAUAAAGACGAUAUAUGCUAUAUUUAUAAACCACCGGGUGAUUCUAUUUGGUGGAUUAAAUUAGUCGCACAUGUCGAAAAUGGUUCAAUGGCAAAUAUCGAUGAUCUACUUGAUGGCAGCCUCAAAGAACGUCAUCCAGAAUGGCAUGAACUUUUUAUCGAUGGUCGAAUAGUACACAAGAACGAGGAUGGUCGAAGUGAAAUUUGUUAUUUUCAGUAA